CACUGUACACCAUUACACACUACUGUACACCAUUACACACUACUGUACACCAUUACACACUACUGUACACCAUUACACACUACUGUACACCAUUACACACCACUGUACACCAUUACACACCACUGUACACCUUCCUACUCUCUUUUUCCACCUCUAAGUGUCACAGUGAAGCUAUAAGAACCACUGACUGCAUUGUUUCUCUCUCUCUCUCUUUUUCUCUCUCUCUCUCUCUUUUUCUCUCUCUCUCUCUCUCUGUAAUCUGGCCAUAAAGAGCUGAUAAGAACAGAAGUGCAGGCAGAGAGACAACAGAGAGAAGAGAUAAAUCUGAGCUGUGUGAAGGAUGUUUAGAAGCAAAAUAAAUGAGUAGUGGAGCUGUGAUGUAGUUGUAGAUCUGAGGAUCAGAUGUUACAUGAUAAAGCAGAGCAAAGAAAAGAUCUCAACAUGUGUUUCUGUCAGCUCACAAGCCAGGAACAUAGACCAGGCUGUUAAAGACCUUGUGUGUGUGUGUGUGUGUGUGUGUGUGUGUGUGUGUGUGUGUGUGUAAUGGAGCGUCUGUAGUGGAAGCUGUGAGUCACGAUGCUGGUGACGAUGUCAAGACGUCACACACACUUACACUCAGACACACACACACACCCCUCGCCAUAACGGAUGGACAUGGCGUCUUGAUGUUACAGAGAAGAGAAUUGAGUGAGUUUCUGUGUUUCAGGAUCUUCUCUGGUCACAAACAGGUGCCAUUACUUUCUGUUAGUCUGAAGAAAAAUCAUUAGAUUGUUGAAGUUGUUGGAGAACUGAAGAAUUUACCACCAAGUGACUCUGGAGCCAUGUUCUUGAUGUUAUUAUUUCUCCAUGAUGAUCUCAGUGGAAGGAUGUCCUUCAGACUUAAUGCUGUAGAGUUUCUAAAGCUCAGGUAGAUCCCUUCUCUGGUUCCUCUGCAUGUUCUUGUCGGUGUUGUGGUCGUGAUGGUGGUAACUCAGUUAGAACUCGAGCUCUGUUACCAGGGCAAGAAGCUGCGAGGUUUCACCUGUAAACUGACGCGAUCUGCACACGGUUUUCUUCCUGAGAGCUCGUACCUGAUCGCCGCUCAGGUGGCUCUGCCGUACCUGGUGUCUGGACUCGGAAUGGUGGCAGCAGGAAUGCUCAUGGACAUCGUUCAACACUGGGAUGUGUUUAAAGUUAUCACUGAAGUGUUCAUCCUGGUUCCUGCUCUCGUCGGUUUGAAGGGAAAUCUGGAGAUGACUCUGGCGUCUCGUCUCUCUACUGCAGCCAACACGGGGCAGAUGGAUGAUCCGAAACAGCAGUGGUUAAUGGUGUGCAGCAAUCUGGCACUAAUACAGGUCCAGGCCACAGUGGUUGGGUUCUUGGCAGCAAUGGCGGCGGUGGUUCUGGGUUCCAUGUCGAGAGGUGGAGUGGAACUGCAGCAGGCGGCUGUACUGUGUGCUAGCAGUGUGACCACCGCCUUCAUCGCCGCACUGUCCUUAGGUUUGGUGAUGGUCGGUGUAAUUAUCGGCUCCCGAAAGGUCGGCAUUAACCCUGAUAACGUGGCCACGCCCAUCGCCGCCAGUCUGGGGGAUUUAAUCACACUGUCACUGCUGGCAGGAAUCAGCAGCACACUCUAUCACUACAGAGAUGUGUGGUAUGUGUCUCCAUUGGUCUGUGUGUUUUUCCUCUCACUGAUUCCUGUCUGGGUUCUUGUGGCUCGUCGCAGUGUUCAGAUUAGAGAGGUGUUGCAGUCGGGGUGGCAACCUGUUAUAGUGGCCAUGUCCAUCAGCAGUGUCGGAGGUCUGAUUCUGGACAGAACCAUCAGUGAUCCGAACUUUGAAGGCAUGGCUGUGUUCACACCGGUCAUUAACGGUGUGGGUGGGAACCUGGUGGCCAUCCAGGCGAGCAGAAUCUCCACCUACCUGCACUUCUGGAGCAUUCCUGGAGUUCUGCCCUAUAAGAUGCGACAGCACUGGCCGAACCCCUGCGUCUCCUUCUUCUCUACAGGAGUAAACUCUAAAUCUGCCCGUGUGCUGUUCCUCCUCGUUGUGCCGGGUCACCUUGUCUUCCUCUUCACCAUUAACACAUUACAGGGAGGCCACGCCCCCAUCACCCUGCCCUUCAUCUGCUGCUAUCUUUGUGCUGCACUGAUUCAGGUGGCGCUGCUCCUCUACACGGCCGAUGUGAUCGUGAGGUUCAUGUGGAGGAGAGGUCUGGACCCUGAUAACUUCUCCAUCCCGUACCUUACUGCUUUGGGGGAUCUGCUGGGAACCGGCCUGCUCGCUCUCUGCUUCCACCUCGUGUUCCUGUUGCAGGGACUCGGACUGUGAUUAGACCAUCAGAUCCUCCACUCCUUCCUCCUCACACCCCCCAGGACAGGAACUCUGCAGCUCCUCCUGCUGGAACCUCGUUCAUUGGAACCUGACUGACCUGCAGGUUUAAUGUAGGUUCCAGGUGAAAAAGAAUCCAGCUCACAGCUCAAGAGAACAGAACCGUUCUCACUGUGAGGUUCCAGGUUCUGUAGGGUCCAGAAACAUCUGAUUAAACUGUUAUUUUUAAUUAACAAAUUAUGGAUUAAAGGGUGAAGAUUCUCCAUAGUGACUGAAAAUAUUUUACUGGCUAAAGGAAGUUAUAAAGGAAUGAAUAAUUAGCGUGUGUGAGAGUUUACAUGAGCCACAAGGUGUCACCAUAGUUCAAGAUUUUAAACACAAAAAAAUUGUAAAGCUUAAAAAAAUAUAUAUUUUAAUGCCUUCUUUGUUUGUUUCUCGCAAAAGUCACAAUUUUUCUACAUUUUCAUGUAAUAAUCACAGAUUAAGUGUAACUCAUCCCCUACAAUUACAGCUCUCUGGGCAUGUCAAGUGUCCUGGUGGUCAAUAACACACACACAAAAACACACACAAACCACACAUAAAUACACACACACACAAAUGCACACAAAACACACAAACACAUAAAUACACCCAAACACACAUAAAUACACAAAUGCACACGAAACACACAAACACACCCAAACACACAAAUACACACAAAACACACACAUAAAUACACCCAAACACACAAAUACACACACACACAAAUGCACACAACACACACACAUAAAUACACCCAAACACACAUAAAUACACAAACACACAAAUGCACACAAAACACACAAACACACACACAUAAAUACACCCAAACACACAAAUACACACACACACAAAUGCACACAAAACACACACACAUAAAUACACCCAAACACACAAAUACACACACACAAAUGCACACAAAACACACACACAUAAAUACACCCAAACACACAUAAAUACACACACACAAACACACACACAUAAAUAUACACAAACACACAAAUGCACACAAAACACACACACACACACAAAAACACACAUAAAUACACACACACACGUGGAUUUUUUUAAAUUCUCUCAAUAAAAGAAGGUUUAGGAGCUGAAGCUCGUUCGUUCCUCCGACGGAUUUAAUAACAGAAAAUUCUGAAUGAAUAACUGCAGCAUCUGUGCAGACAAACCACUGGGAUUUAUAUUAAAGAGUUUGGUACAGCUGUAUAUUGAUGGUAUGCUGUGUGUGUAAAUGACUUCCAAGUGUUUUACAUGUGGAUGUUUCUGUGUAGUAAUUCAUUUAUUAAUUUAUGAUUCAUUUCAUAAAGCUGAAGUGAUGAGAGUAAAGACACACUGAUCAAUCAAUCAAUAAUCAAUAAACUAAUGAAACCCA